AUGGCACAAAGGGAGAAUCUUUUCCAUACUAGAUGCAAGGUAGGUGAGUAUACUUGUAAUGUAAUAAUAGAUAGUGGUUCUUGCACUAAUGUUAUUGCAGUUGAAGUGGUGUCUAAACUCAAUCUUAUCACAAGGGUACACCCUAAACUCUACAAGUUGAGUUGGUUAGAUGAUAGCACCGGCAUUAGGGUGAAGAAACAAGCACUUAUUUCAUUCUCUAUUGGAACUUAUAAAGAUGAGCUAUGGUGUGAUAUCUUACCUAUGAGUGCAUGCCAUCUUCUACUUGGAAGACCAUGGCAAUUUGAUAGGAAGGUUAUUCAUGAAGGGGACACCAAUGUCUAUUCUGUAUUGGUUGGGUCAAAAAGGGUUAGAUUACAUCCUCUAAACCCUACUCAAGUGGCGCCUAAACAACAACCUAAGACACCAAGUUACUUCCUAAAUGCAAAAGAAUUCGAGCAUGAAGUAGAGGAAGAAGGUUGUGCUUAUGCUUUGGUUGUGAGGCAAGUGACUACAAGUAUCAAGGAGCUACCACAAGGACUUCCACCUUUAAGAGGGAUAGAACAUGCUAUUGAUCUUGUUCCUGGCACACCAUUACCUAACAAACCUGCUUAUAGAUGUGAUCCAGUGGCUUCUAAGGAGUUGCAACGUUAA